CGCUAUUGGUCACACUGGCCCAGAGGGGCACGUGACUGGGAAGGGGCACAGGCUGGUCCCCUCCCCCUCCUUCUCAGGUUCACCCCUGCCGGCCAUGGACUUCCUCCUGCGGCCUCAGCCAGAGCCAGAGAGCUUGGGCCCUGGGACGCCUGGGUUCCCCGAGCAGGAGGAAGACGAACUUCACCGCACCCUGGGCGUGGAGCGGUUUGAGGAGAUCCUACAGGAGGCCGGGUCUCGUGGAGGGGAGGAGCCAGGCCGCAGCUAUGGGGAGGAAGACUUUGAGUACCACCGCCAGUCCUCCCACCACAUCCAUCACCCACUGUCCACCCACCUGCCUCCGGAUGCACGCCGCCGCAAGACACCCCAGGGCCCAGGACGGAAGCCUCGAAGGCGCCCGGGAGCCUCCCCGACUGGAGAAACCCCGACCAUUGAGGAGGGGGAGGAAGAUGAGGAUGAGGCCAGCGAGGCUGAGGGGGCCCGAACGCUCACUCAGCCGUCCCCUGUCUCCACACCCUCCUCGGUGCAGUUCUUUCUCCAAGAGGAUGACAGUGCUGACCGGAAGGCAGAGAGGACCAGUCCAUCUUCCCCUGCACCACUGCCCCACCAGGAGGCGACUCCUCGGGCCUCCAAAGGGGCCCAGGCUGGAACCCAGGUGGAGGAGGCAGAGGCGGUGGCGGUGGCCAGUGGCACUGCAGGGGGUGACGACGGGGGUGCCUCGGGGCGCCCCCUGCCCAAAGCCCAGCCUGGGCACCGCAGCUACAACCUUCAGGAGAGGAGGCGCAUCGGGAGCAUGACUGGGGCUGAGCAGGCACUGCUGCCCCGGGUCCCCACGGAUGAGAUUGAGGCCCAGACGCUGGCCACGGCCGACCUAGACCUCAUGAAGAGUCACCGGUUUGAGGACGUUCCUGGGGUGCGGCGGCACUUGGUGCGGAAGAAUGCCAAAGGUUCCACACAGAGUGGCCGAGAAGGGCGGGAGCCUGGCCCCACACCUCGAGCCCGACCCCGGGCCCCCCACAAGCCCCAUGAGGUGUUUGUGGAGCUGAAUGAGUUGCUCCUGGACAAAAACCAGGAGCCCCAGUGGCGGGAGACAGCUCGCUGGAUCAAAUUUGAAGAGGACGUGGAGGAGGAGACCGAGCGCUGGGGGAAGCCCCACGUGGCCUCCCUCUCCUUCCGCAGUCUCCUGGAGCUCCGCAGGACCCUGGCCCAUGGGGCUGUGCUCUUGGAUCUGGACCAGCAGACCCUGCCCGGAGUGGCCCACCAGGUGGUGGAGCAGAUGGUCAUCUCUGACCAGAUCAAGGCCGAGGACAGGGCCAACGUGCUGCGGGCUCUGCUGUUGAAACACAGCCACCCAAGUGAUGAGAAGGACUUCUCCUUCCCCCGCAACAUCUCAGCUGGCUCCCUGGGCUCCCUGCUGGGGCAUCACCAUGGUCAGGGGGCUGAGAGUGACCCCCACGUCACUGAGCCUCUCAUGGGAGGUGUUCCUGAGACCCGGCUGGAGGUGGAGCGAGAGCGUGAGCUGCCGCCUCCAGCACCACCAGCUGGCAUCACCCGCUCCAAGUCCAAGCACGAGCUGAAACUGCUGGAGAAGAUCCCUGAGAAUGCCGAGGCCACGGUGGUCCUCGUGGGCUGCGUGGAGUUCCUCUCCCGCCCCACCAUGGCCUUUGUGCGGCUCCGGGAGGCUGUGGAGUUGGACGCAGUGUUGGAGGUGCCGGUGCCUGUGCGUUUCCUCUUCCUGCUGCUGGGCCCGAGUAGCGCCAACAUGGACUACCACGAGAUCGGCCGCUCCAUCUCCACCCUCAUGUCAGACAAGCAAUUCCACGAGGCAGCCUACCUGGCUGACGAGCGGGAGGACCUGCUGACGGCCAUCAACGCCUUCCUGGACUGCAGCGUGGUGCUGCCGCCUUCAGAAGUGCAGGGCGAGGAGCUGCUGCGCUCUGUGGCCCACUUCCAGCGCCAGAUGCUCAAGAAGCGAGAGGAGCAGGGCCGGCUGCUACCUACAGGGGCUGGGCUGGAGCCCAAAUCUGCCCAAGAUAAGGCGCUCCUGCAGAUGGUAGAGGCGGCAGGGGCAGCUGAAGAUGAUCCCCUUCGGCGGACGGGGCGGCCCUUUGGGGGGCUGAUCCGAGAUGUGCGGCGCCGCUAUCCCCACUACCUGAGUGACUUCCGAGAUGCACUUGACCCUCAGUGCCUGGCCGCAGUCAUCUUCAUCUACUUUGCCGCCCUGUCUCCUGCCAUCACCUUUGGGGGGCUGCUGGGAGAGAAGACGCAGGACCUGAUAGGGGUGUCGGAGCUGAUUAUGUCCACAGCGCUCCAGGGCGUGGUCUUCUGCCUGCUGGGUGCCCAGCCCCUGUUGGUGAUCGGCUUCUCAGGGCCCCUGCUGGUCUUUGAGGAGGCCUUCUUCUCGUUCUGUAGCAGCAACCACCUGGAGUACCUGGUGGGCCGUGUGUGGAUCGGCUUCUGGCUGGUGUUCCUGGCCCUGCUCAUGGUGGCCCUGGAGGGGAGCUUCCUGGUCCGCUUCGUCUCCCGCUUCACCCAGGAGAUCUUCGCCUUCUUGAUCUCACUCAUCUUCAUCUAUGAGACCUUCUACAAGCUGGUGAAGAUCUUCCAGGAGCACCCCCUGCAUGGCUGCUCAGCCUCCAACAGCUCAGAGGUGGACGGCGGUGAGAACAUGACAUGGGCCGGGGCAAGACCCAUGCUGGGGCCGGGCAACAGGAGCUUGGCUGGGCAGUCUGGGCAGGGGAAGCCCCGGGGCCAGCCCAACACGGCCCUGCUGUCGCUGGUGCUCAUGGCCGGCACCUUCUUCAUCGCCUUCUUCCUGCGCAAAUUCAAGAACAGCCGGUUCUUUCCUGGCCGGAUCCGGCGGGUGAUUGGGGACUUUGGGGUGCCCAUCGCCAUCCUCAUCAUGGUGCUUGUGGAUUACAGUAUUGAGGACACCUAUACCCAGAAGCUGAGCGUUCCCAGUGGAUUCUCGGUGACUGCCCCAGAAAAGAGGGGCUGGGUCAUCAACCCCCUGGGAGAGAAGAGCCCCUUCCCUGUGUGGAUGAUGGUUGCCAGCCUGCUGCCCGCCAUCCUGGUCUUCAUUCUCAUCUUCAUGGAGACACAGAUCACCACGCUCAUCAUCUCCAAGAAGGAGCGCAUGCUGCAGAAGGGCUCCGGCUUCCACCUGGACCUGCUGCUCAUUGUGGCCAUGGGCGGCAUCUGUGCCCUCUUUGGCCUGCCCUGGUUGGCUGCUGCCACUGUCCGUUCUGUCACUCACGCCAACGCGCUCACUGUCAUGAGCAAGGCUGUGGCACCUGGGGACAAGCCCAAGAUUCAGGAGGUCAAGGAGCAGCGGGUGACGGGGCUGCUGGUUGCCCUGCUUGUGGGCCUCUCCAUAGUUAUCGGGGAUCUGCUCCGGCAGAUCCCCCUGGCCGUGCUCUUUGGAAUUUUCCUGUACAUGGGAGUCACCUCCCUUAAUGGGAUCCAGUUCUAUGAGCGGCUGCAUCUGCUGCUCAUGCCGCCCAAACACCACCCAGAUGUCACUUACGUCAAGAAGGUCCGGACCCUCCGUAUGCACCUGUUCACGGCCCUGCAGCUGCUCUGCCUGGCCCUGCUCUGGGCCGUCAUGUCCACAGCUGCCUCCCUGGCCUUCCCCUUCAUCCUCAUCCUCACAGUGCCGCUCCGCAUGGUGGUGCUCACCCGUAUCUUCACCGACCGAGAGAUGAAAUGUCUGGAUGCUAACGAGGCAGAGCCGGUGUUUGAUGAGCGGGAGGGUGUGGAUGAGUACAAUGAGAUGCCCAUGCCUGUGUAGCCGCCACCGAGGGACAGCCGAGGGACCGAUGGACGAGGGGACAGGCUGGUGGGAUGGGGUUCCCCCUCCCAUGCCCCUCCCUCCUUUUUAUUUAAGUGAAUAAUUUAAAGUCCUCUCCUCCCCCACUGCCCCUGCAGUAAAGUGCUUUGGCCCCCACCUA